UCUGUCGGACCCAAAUCGGUAUAAAAGGGAGGGCUUUGGCCAUUCAAAAUUAUAAUUUGACCACACGUCGAGUAAUCCACACUUCUAUCCCAGCAACAUGUACAAGUUUUUGGUUCUUGCCGCCACUUUGGCUUUCGCCUCAGCUGGAAUCAUCCCCACUGCCGUCGUCUCUUCCCAUGGAACCUACCAUAGGAGCGUGGAGGCUCAGACCAUCGUGGACCCACCCCAAGUGAAAACCAUCAUCGAACAAGCCCCCAUUGUCCAUGCCGCCCCUGUAGUGCAAGCCGCCCCCGUUGUCCUGAAAGCCGCCCCAGUGGUCGCCCAUACUCCAGCUGUAGUAACCGUGUCCGGUCCUGAAGUGCGCAAAUCCGUCCAGGCCACCAACAUUGUCCACCCAUCCAGCGCAGUUGUCCAUGCCGCCCCCGUAGUUGCCGCCCCUUCAUUAGUUGUAGCUAAGGCCGCCCCUGUAGUCCACGUGGCCGCUCCCGCCCCAGUGGUUUACUCUGCCGCCCCCGUCGUGCAUGCAGUUCCUCAAGUAUACGCUGCCGCCCCUUUGGUUGCCGCCCAUUACUAAGUGACUUUGUAAUAACUGAGUAGGAAAGUAAACCAAUUGGAAAACA